AUUUGACAAGAGCACGUGGAAGCGACCGUUGUUCUUCUGGUUUUACGGCAAGAGCGACGAUGCAUGUUCAUCCUGCAACCGUCUUCGCUGGGCUUCUGGCGGCAGCAACUGCUGUUUCCGGGUCAAGCGCUCACAACAACAGCGCUGUCUACAAGGCUUUGUAUGCUGCUCACUCGAGUUCAACUCCGGUCUUCCAAAAUGUGUCUGGUCAAUCGGUUAACCCCUUGGUCCGCGCGCUUCAAGACUUAAUCAAAGAUGUUCGUUCCCUUGUGAAGAGGGAUGAGCUCCCUGUAGGCACUUGUGCGCCAGGUACUCCUUGUGUCAAUGGUGCUUGCUGCAGUAAGAAAGGAAUCUGUGGGUUCUCGCCCGACGAGUGUGGCAAAGACACUUGCAUUUCGGACUGUGAUGCAAAGGCCGAAUGCGGACAGUACGCCCUACCAGAGUCUGCAACGUGCCCUCUGAAUGCUUGCUGCUCCAAGUAUGGUUUCUGUGGAACGACUGAGGAAUUUUGUCGGACUGGCUGCCAGAAGGGAUACGGUGGCUGCGGCUCCGUGGAAGAGCCAUCCUGCGGCGGUCAAAGUAUGUCGCGAACGAUCGGAUACUAUGAGGGCUGGUCAUCCACGCGGAAAUGCGACAAGCGCCAACCGUCGGACAUCGAUAUUAUGUCCUUGACACACCUCAAUUUUGCAUUUGCAUUCUUCCAUCCGACAACUUUCCAGAUACUUCCAAUGAGCGCAAAUGACGAAACCCUUUACCCUCAGCUUACAGGUCUCAAAUCCAAGAAGCCGUCACUGAAGACAUGGAUUGCUGUGGGCGGCUGGAGCUUCAACGACGCCACCAACUCCCCAAACACCCAGACAGCCUUUAGCGACAUGGCGCGUAGUGCGGCGAAUCGCCAAACCUUUAUUAACUCGCUUGUCAAUUUCAUGCAGACCUGGGGCUUCGACGGCGUUGACCUUGACUGGGAGUAUCCUGGAGCCGAUGAUCGUGGUGGUAUCCCUGACGACACGGCUAACUUUGUCGAGCUGCUUCGAGACAUGCAGAAUGCUUUUAAGGGAAGGUACGGCAUUAGUGUCACUCUACCAGCAUCCUACUGGUAUCUACGAUGGUUUGACCUGCAGGGCAUGCAGGAGCACCUUGACUUCUUCAACAUCAUGACAUAUGAUAUCCACGGGGUGUGGGACGCCUCUAACAAAAACACCGGCCCUUAUGUCCGCCCCCAUACCAAUAUCACUGAAAUCAAGUUAGGUCUUGAUCUCUUAUGGAGAAACGAUGUGGAUCCGUCUCGGGUGAACUUUGGGCUUGGGUGGUACGGCCGUUCAUUUACGCUCAAGGAUCCAAGCUGCAACCAGCCCAAUUGCAUCUUUAGCUACGGCGGUAAACCUGGGGAGUGUACUAAUUCAUCAGGGACACUUUCUAAUUCCGAGAUCCGGCGUAUUAUUACCAAGAACCACCUUACUUCAACUCUUGACGCUGAAGCCGCUGUCAAGUGGUUUUCCUGGGAUAGCGAUCAGUGGGUCUCAUACGACGACGGGGAGACGAUCCAGAUGAAGAUAGCAGAAGCUAACAGACUAUGUCUUGGUGGCGUGCUGAUCUGGGCAGUGGACCUUGAUGACUUGGACCAUAGCAGUUCAAACGAUAUGAUGGGUAUAGGACCAUCAAAUGGUGUUUCUCCUGCCGAUGCAAAGACAUUCAGGGAACAAAAGGGAUCAAUAGAGCGGGCUGCUACAAUUGCUAACUCUUGCUACUGGACAUUCUGCGGAAACCAAUGUGCUGAGCGCUAUACCUCGCACGCGUAUGCUAAAGGGCAGGUUCCGAACAUCGAGGGCGACGAGUCAUGCAGAGAUGGCACUGUUCGCACGUUAUGUUGUGCGCCUGGGAUAACCACUGGGACUUGCUCAUGGUAUGGCUGGAAUGGAGUGGGCAUGGCCUGCUCGACCGGAUAUUGUCCCAGCGGCACAGAGUUGAUUGCGAUGAACACCAAUUCAUACGAAGAGGACACGGAUUUGCGCAUCAACAAUAACCUCACCUGCACCGGUGGAGCGCAGUCGUACUGCUGCUCUGGAUUCGUGCCCUCCCAGCUCGCCAACACCGACGGUCUAUCGUUGCUAGGCGACUAUCGCCCAGUAGAUGAAGACCAGAAGGAGUUCAGUAUGAGAAGCGAACCCAGUAAAUUAGGGGCGAUUUGCCAGACUUUCCUGCUAGCCAGCGUAAUAGCUUUUCUCUCGACGUGUUUGGCAUAUUUGGAGAAAGUUUAAUAGCAGGCCUGGCUGUGAUCGCCUGUCUCAUUAAGGUAUUUAAUACCUUCUUUCACGGCGGCGAGUCUUGUAACUCCUAAAGUGACGUGGAGGGCAGCAAGUUUUAUGGCUUCCAAGAUGAUAUUAUGAAUUGACUCGGCCAGGGGCCUGCCGGAAUCGGCAGGCAAAAGCCCACGCAACCCAAUCACACACCGAGCAAACCGAAGGGAAAAUUUGGCCGCUAUCAGCAGGUCGUGUAUAAGAAAGGUACUGAGGAUUGCCAAGUCACUUACACUUGUGAAUAUGGGCUCGGCUUCGACGAGGUAAGGGCUCCCAAUGUAAGUUGAAGAUGAAAAUUGGGAACAGCUCCAGUAUACUAACCUUGAUUUCU